AGAGGAGAAAACAUAUAAGGAAUUGUUCCGACCGCUUCGAUUGCAGUGUCAUACAUUCAUCAUUCCUGUUGCAUUGAUUGCGCGUUUGCUUUGGGGUUUCUUGUUUUCUAUUUACUCUCCUUGCUUCCCUUUUGAUCAACCUUCUUCUCCAGAUAUCCGACAGUAUUUGACGCUCUACAUCAUGCGCUGCUCGAGUAUCCUCACCCUUGUUGCUGCUAUUCCUCUCGUUGCUGCUCUCCCUGGUGGAAGCUUCAACUUGAACUGGCUGGACUCAAUCGCCCGGCGCGGCUCUGACGCUUUACGCACUGGUAUGGCUGUGUGUGAUCCUUCACAAGCACAAUUACCUCAAGGCUUUGAAGCCCUCGGUCCCCCUUCAGAAGGCCUUACACUCGCCCAUGUCGCCCUAGGUCGUGGCACCCAGAACUACACAUGCGAUACAUCAAACCCAUCCUCUGCGCCAAAAGCCGGCGGCGCCAUCGCCACAUUGUUCAACAUGACCUGCGCCGCGGCUCAAUCCUCGAAUCUAAUCCACUGGCUCCCUCGUGUGGCACUCUCCCUCCCAGUCCCCGUCUCCACUCGCGCUGCCGACAACGUUGACAUGCUCAUGAGCGGCCACCAUCUCUUCACUAGCCUCACAACACCUUUCUUCAACCUCGACACCGCAAACCACGAGUUUGGCACCGUCAUGUGCGACGGCAAGAACGCGGUCAAGACGCCUGCGCCAGGGGACGCAGCAAAGGGAUACAAUGGCCUCGGCAGCGUGCCGUGGCUGCGACUAACGGCGGUGGAGGGUAAUUACAAGGAGGUGUACCGUGUAGAUACCGCGGGUGGUGUUGCACCCAAGACAUGUGACGGACAAGCUGCGACGUUUCAGGUCCAAUAUGCGGCAAAUUACUACUUCUACCACUGAGUGGGAAGUGUGGGAAAGGGAGAAUUUGGUUCUGACUGUCGAUAUAUUCUUUUAUCUUGAUGAUGCAUAGUAUGGCGCGGGGGCGUUGAAAGGCGUUGCCAUAUAAUGGAGCUCUGGCUGUGGUUGUACUUGGGUGGCAUUCAUUGUUGUAUCGCCAUUGAAUGCUCGUUGGACGAUGCUACGCAUCGAAUGAUAGUAAUAUACAUGAACAAAUGAAAUCAUUAAUAGCGUG